AUGACCCCUCUGCCUACCUCUCCUGAUCGUUACCCACCAUCCUCAUUCGCCGGCCCCUUCGGACGCACACACGCACACCCCCGCCCCGCACCUGCACACCAGCGCCCGCCCUUCUCGUCCUGCCCGAGCCUCCCCUCCUUGGACAUCCUCGCCAAGAUGAACAUCGUCUUGGGGCGGCAGUCUCUCAUUGAUCUUGCUGGUUCAGGAAAGGCGACACCGGAUAAGGAAAGGACUAGAGAGGGAAAGUACAUCAACACCAGCCUGCUAACCCUUGGAACCGUCAUCGGCACGCUCGCAGAUAACGCUGCAAAACACAAAGCCGACCACGUUCCAUACCGCAACUCUAAGUUAACACGGAUGCUACAGCCCUCGCUCUCUGGCAAUGCACGCAUCAGCGUGAUAUGCACGAUAAACCCCGACGUCGGCGCCAUCUCAGAGAGUAUGAGCACGCUGCUCUUUGCGAAGAGGAUCAAGAACGUGCAGCUGAACGCGAAGAAGAAGGAGGUCAUAGAUACGGAUGCUCUCAUUGAGCGAUACCGUAAAGAGAUUGAGGAGCUCAAGGCGAGGCUUGCCGAGAGGGAGGCUGAGGCGCCUGUUCGUAAUCGACGCCUGUCCGCGCGAGAGCAAAUUGACGAAUCGAAGGCCAUGAGAGACCUUAAUGGCCGUAUUCAACAACUGACGAAGCUCAUCUUAACCAGCGCCACAGUCGAUGAGAGCAAAGAGAGUGACAGUCGGCCGUCGAGUCCUGUCAAGAUUGAUUUCGACAUGUCUCCGUAUCAGAUUCUCUCCCUCGAAGCCAGUCUGCUUGCCCGGCCACCCCUGCCUGCAGAUGCGCCUUCAGAGGAGAAGGACAAGCUCAUCGCCGAGCAGGCUAAGUCGAUCCGCGAGCUCGAGAUCGUCGUUCGUGGGUACGAAGACAACCUCGGCGAACCGCUACGGAAAGUCAAGGAGGAUGUAGAGAAGGAGUGGUCCGAGAAGUUCGAGGAAGAAAGAAGGAAGAGGGAGGAGAAGGAGAGGUGGGCAGAGGAGGUCGUCAAAGCUCUGGAGAAGGAGAAACAGAUGCGGAAGAAGCUUGAGGAAGAACGUCGAGCUCUCGCCAGCUUCGUCUCCAUGUUCGACUCCCUUGGUUUCACAGCAAUUCCCCCCUCGAAGAUGAACAUCCCCAUGCCCACACCCGGCGGGGCAAAAACAGCCUACGAACGACGCCAAUCCCGGAACUUCUCUUCCUCAUCGAUGAGGUCAAGCAGAUUGCCUCGCAUAUCGGACGCGACGGCCCAAGCAGAGCACACAGGGCUCUCGCAAGACCUAACUGAAGUAGCCGCUGACCGCGACUACAGUCCCAUGCGCCUGGACGGCCUGCAGCGGGCUCGGUCACAGCCCAGCCUAAUGGACCAGGCAAUGCCCGAGGUUGUGUUGGACGGCGUCGCGGAUGUGAGCUUCGACGAGAUGGAGGUGGAGAACCAGCUUUUGGACGUGUCGAUCUGCGUGCCUGACUCGGGGUUGCCAAUGAAGAUGUUUGGAAUCGCGGCCUUGGACAAGUUUGGGGCGCUCCUAACGCCGUCCUCCCUCUUGCAGAUUGUAGCUGUUCUCGUUUCGGGGUCGAGCAGGCCGGGUUAUGAGGAAUAUGUUGAAGUCGACUCCCCCUACGCGGAGAAUUCGGGUCGCGUUGCAAGGAAGGCUUCUGAGUUGAAGCUCACGUUCGUUAUCUUUCCCUUCAACCACCAGCGACACAGCUCUCCGCCGUCCUCGCCCGUAAUGUCACGAAGGCAGAAGUAUGCGUCGACAUCUGCAAACUAUGUUGAUUUGACAGAAGACGAACCCGCCAUGGCCCCUAAAGCAUCCGACAAGAAAGCAGGAACCUGCGAGUGUCCAGAGGUCCAACGCCUACGUGCAAGAUUGCAGGACGUCGAAGCUGAGAAGGGUCGGCUCGCUUUGGAAUUGGCGGAGACGAAGGCCCAGCUCAAGGACACGCAGGCUUUCCUGGGACAGACUGUUAUGGCGGCUAGAACGAAGGGGCCUUCUACUGCAACAUCGGGGUCGUCAAGGUCUAUAGCACCUGCUGAACCUGUUAAUGCACCGCAGAAACGAAGUCGCUCGCCUUCAAUCACAUCCGUCGACAAUGGAUCCGCGCCAUCUUCCAAAAAGCCAAAGAAAGAAGUAAUACCAAACCUACCAAGGGUUCAGCAUUCAACGAGAGCCAAGGCGAAAUCUUCCCUUCGUCCACCCGAUCCUACCAUAGAAGAGACUCCAGAGGUCGAAAACGCAGGAGCCAGCCAGUCGUUGGAGCGCCUGAAAGACAGUCCGAAAAAGGAUUCACUGGCCUCCAAGAUAGAAUCUGCGGGUAAAACUGGUGCAACGCCGAUGAAAGUCGACUCUCGCUCGCUGAAUGUGAAGCAACCGGCAAGCUCUGAACGCGCUGCUCGCCGUAUAGAGUUGGCCCAGCUCAAUGAUGUUACCAAGUUGGAAAUCUCUCCCGCUCCCUCAAUCCUCAGCGUCUCUCGCGCAUUUCUUUGUGCAGCAUAUGGAGGACCGUUCAUGUCUCUCACGCAAGAACUCAACUUCAAAAAGCCUGCUGAUAAGACGGGCUCCAUUCGAAUAGCCAUUUAUCCUAAGCCUGACAUGAACCCAAAGAUGCCCAACACCCCCGGUGCAAGUGGUUUCCUAUACUCGUCAAGGGAGGCCGUCAUUACAUCGGCACCUUUCAGCCUGUUCUACAAAGCCUGCAAAGCACCCGUUCAGUGGAAGUACCUGGGCGAUUAUAAGACUGAGGUGUACGGCAAGAUGUCAGGAAAUUCGUUCACCAGUCAGCCAGCCACGUUUAAGAACACGUGGGCCGAGCACAUCCUGAACAAGCAGAACUACGCAAGGAUACGUGCACGAAUUGCACUCCGGAGAGCCGGUCAUCAGGUGUCGGACGAAGAGGAAUUGAAUACCACAAUAGAUGGAGAUUCACAGAGUGAAAAUGCACUCGAAGAGCCAGUGAAAAAGCCCGCCAAAGACAUUGUCGGUGAUGAAGUCUCCGCUAUCAUCAACGAGAAAGGUCUUCCUGUCACCAAACAGGACAUCAUAGAUGCCCUUUCAAGAGGAGACGAGGGUAUCAAAAUCGUCCGGAUGACAUGCAUUCUGUAUGACCGUGACUUUGCUCAUGACAUCGAGAGAAGAUUUGUUGCUUGGAAGGAAGGUGGCGAAAUGAAGGAAGCACCCAAGGAAAACACCAAUGGCAAGAAGAAGAUGCGUAAGGCUGCCACAAAGCGGGCUAGCAAAAAUGACACAAUACCAAAGGGCUCUUCAUGUGCUAGAAGCUCUUCCUCUGCCGGGGAACCUAGAAGGUCAUCGAGACCUCGACGUGCUCCUAGACGUAUGGAGAUAUCGGACGAAGCCUCUGACGAUUCGACUAGAGAGUCUGAGCGUGAUUGGUCCUGA